AUAAGCGUGACGUAUACAGUGACCAGAGAAACGUUGGCGGGAGACCCGGCCUUGCCUCCCCUCAGUACAGCGACAACCAGUUGUUCGAAAUAGCAAUGGGAACGUGAGAAUUGAAGGAUAAACUGCUGGAUAUAUAUACUAAGAUUCAUAACGAAGUCUAUACGUAGGUCAAGCGAAUAUAAAAAGCUAACUUGUCGCGUCAACAAGGGGCCUUUCCAUAAGGCCUAUACAUUGUGGCCAGGCUUAAUCCGUUCUUAAUAACUGUACAAGGAUAUUUCAGGAUUUCAACAUGGCUCCCGACCGGACUUGGUGCCAGCCGAGUCUAGCAUGGUUGGCUUUGGCAGUAUUGGUGACAGUGGUGGGACUGCCAUCAGGUACAGACGCCACGGCAAGUAACUACACUAGGGUUACCAACACCCAGGAUUUCGCAAGUGGAAAUGUUGUAUGGGGAGAUUUGCCUGCUGAUCCAACAUGGACGAGCACGAACGCUACAGGAGACGCCAUCUUGGGCAUCUUGUACGGCAUGGCCGGUGGCCUGAUCAACAUCAUGCAGCGAAAUCAGUUCCCGUACAGUAUGCUUCAAACCAUCGCCAGAGGACAUUUCGAUACUGCCUCACGACAAAGCGAGAUUAUCGACUAUGACCUUGGCAUCGUGAUGGCGUCGAUGGUUGGCCUCAUCUUCAUCCUGAUUGCCCUCGCCGUCCUCAUCACCAUCGUCGUCUGCCGGCGGAAGGGAAAAUGUGGAGGACAGAACUACCAAUCCUAUCACCCUGCAAACGAAAAGUUUAAAUUGGCCUUCAUUGUCUUGAAUUUCCUUUCUCUUACCAUGACGUUUGCUAUGGGUAUCGUAUCGAUGAUGACAGCGUACUCAGCCAUGGCGGGCAUGACAACAUUGGGGACCACGAUGGAUAAUAGCUUGUCUGAGUUUAAAGCGUACUGGAGUAACCUUGCUGGACAACUGAACUACAUCUCUGAGGAGUCGUUUGGCCAUAUGAAUGACGUCAUCAUUGAAGCUGACCUGACCGGAAUUGAUGUACUACUGGGGCAACCUGUGCGAGAAACAUGGAGGACCGAGACCGAUGCCGCUUUUGAUUACCUUUUCAGUUUAGACUCUGAACUCUUGGAUGUGGAAAAGAAAUUUAUUAGGUACUACCAGCUUAUCGAAUACAUCAAGGCAAACGAAGGAGGAGAUUUGAAAACAGCGUAUGCAAAUAUCCAUUAUGACGUCACAAACACUAUCAAUGACGCGUCAUGUUAUGGAUGCAAUGGUUCCUGUUCCGGUUGCAAUGAAAUCGUUGCAGGUACUAUUGGACUCGGAUGUGAUUAUUGGGAUUUGCAAAAUAUCGACAACGAGUACGGUGUGAUGGUGAACAAGUCGAAUGAGACGCUGACAACAGGCCCAGGCUAUAAUGCGAAACAAGUUUAUGAGAACAUCCCAACGACCUUAAAGACGAGGUUUCUUGACACCACUGAUAUCAUUCGAAACAUCUCACUCCAAUAUUCUGAAAUCGUUAAGAAUAUGACGUACACGAUGCAGGGUAAUAUCUAUACGGCUUUUGACUACACUAAUAUGACGAGUGGUUGGGAUCUGGCGUUUGAAGAAAUAUCGUUAACUACUAUGGCGUUAUUUGCGGUAGUGUUGGUUUCGACGCUUUGCGUGGUAGGCUUUGUGGUGGCAACCGUGGUGGCGAUGGCUCUUGGUAUAAAACAUUACGAUAAGGAAGUUACCGCCACGCAGAGGGACGCAGUUUCGGACAAAAUGGGCAAGAUACUCCUCAUCAUGGUCUACUUUGGCAUGGCGACGGGUAUCGCUUACUUGGCAAUGGCGGCGACCAUCGUCUUCUUCGGCGCCAACUGGGAAAAAGCGACAUGUGAGCCAAUGGACGAUCUCAAAUUUCUAGACCAGUUCAUGGAUGAGCCUGACACCAUCCCAGGAUAUGAUGGCUACUUCCUCGCUUCAGCUCUCCUUGGAAAUGGCACCGUUCCACUCAAGACCUAUGACGUAAUAAAAGCUUGCCGUGACAACAACUCUGCCGCCUACUACGUGAUGGACCUCUUUGAAGUGAACGACCUGUCCUAUCACAUCAACUACACCAACUAUAUACCGAAUGUGGGCCUUGCCUAUGAGUUCAUGUAUUCCAACCUGACUGAUGUGGAGUUCUACACAGCCGAGUUGGACACGUGGCUACAGGAGUUUAAGACGGCUGCCAACCUCAACUGGACUUCGAUACACGAAUUGAUUUAUCAGAAUGCGACUGGUUUCGACAUCCAAGCCUACUGGGCGAACCUGGAUACCGUGGCGAAUACAGCUUAUGGCUCUGGGGGACCCAUCGACCCUGCCAAGACCAGGUUAGGCGACCAUAGCACCGACCUCCAGAGUGUCUACUCUACACAAAUACCAGCGUUGGAGCCGUAUCACCAAACCCUUGUAACCUACAUGGAAUCACUUGAAGCAGCUGUGAACACAACCACGGACCACAUUGAUACAGCAAUCUUAGGAAUCCAGAACAUUCAGGCCAAGAUGCACAAUGAAUCAUACGCGGCUAUCGUCACUGCGACCAAUGAAUACAGGACGAGAGUGCUCAGAUAUUAUGAACAGUAUAGGACCCAGUGUUUAUUGUGGCUCAGUGACACCGUUGGCCAAUGUGAGCCUCUCUUCGACCUGAUUAUGGCAGCCCAAACCCAGCACUGUGACGUCACAGUGGACAACUUGAAUGCCUGCUGGGUAGCCCUCGGAUGGGCGUCAGUGUUCUUAUUCUUGUGCGUUUUCUUCAACUUGAAGCUCUACCCGUAUUUCAAGUGUAUGGAGGAAGAAGAUCCCAUUACAAGCGACCUAGCUCCUAUCUUCGAGGUUGGCACUGGUAUGGAUCUUGGUGGCGGACACGCUGGACCCUCUGAAGCCUACUUCACCAAGGUCGAGGGUAAGCAACGUCAGUGGAACAAACCUUCUGAACCCAAGUUGAAGAGCAAGAAAGGCUUGGAGAAAUGGUAACCGUAACAACGCCAAGACACAUAUCGCUAUAUCGUAACCAAUCAAAAGACUUUGUUAAAAGGUGAAUGGUUAUGCCAGUGCCAAAUCUGUAUAAAGGACUAUAAAUUCAUUUCAUGUAAAUGUAUCUUACCACUGUCCAUGACCAAGGUCCAAGGUGACGUGAGGAUCCUCAGUGUAAAUUUUCGUACAUGACUGAUGCAUAUCCGAGUGAUGCUUUUUUUUUCGAAGAUGAGAAAAUGCAUAAUUAUUUUUAUACAAGCGUAAAAAUUGCAUAUUUAUUUUAUUCAAGCGUAAACUGGGUCGAAUUUUGAAUGUAACAAAUUGUGUAUUUUAAAAAAUUGUAGGAAAUACUGUGAUAACGCACUUGUCGAGUAGAAGAGUUGUCUUGUAAUCCCUUUGUGUUCCAAUUUCUUGCUGUUGCGUAAGAAAUUUGGCUGUUGUACUUGUACAUAGUUAUUUUGUGUGAAUCUGUAUUCUGUAUUCUGGUCCAAGAUAAAUUCGUUCUGCUGAAUGAAGCGAAAAAGGAAGCUCUUUGUUAUAAAACAUCGCUGAAUUGCUGCGCAAUUUUAACGCUCUCGGGAAUGGUGUGCAAAUAAAUUUUUCUUCUCAAAAACUUC